AUGGCGCGCGCCAAACCCCUCCGCGUCCCAACGACUGGCAGUCUACCAAACAACCUUCGCAUCCCCUCAUCGACACCCUCCCUCGCCAAAUCUCUCAGCAAGCACACCCGCCAAGCCCUUCUGGAUCUAGCCCAAUUCUGGCUUGAUGACCAUAAUAUCACGCUAUUCCCUCCUUAUCUCAAAUCCGACGCCCGCAAUGAUACGAACGACGAAGAAACCCUCCCAUACCCGGCAGCCGAAACCAUCGACGAAGUCCGCCAAGUCUACAUUGACCUACAAGACCGCAAGGGGGGGAAACGCGAGGUCCUAGAGCGGAUACUAGAAGGCGACUGGCGCCAUGGAAUCACGUUGCGACAGCUCGCAAUGUCGGAUAUACGCUACAUGGACGAUCACCCUUCCAGCUUACGCUGGACAGCCCUGGAACUCAGUCGCAUCGAUGCAAGACCGAAAGACCCGCUCGAUAACCCCGUACCCGACUGGUCGGCCAAUAUCCCACGCACACAAGCGGCGACUUUCGUCCGAGCCCUGCAGCAAGAAAUCAGCCCAUUCGUCAAAGCGCAUUACCACCUCUCCCGCUCGACGGUCCUUCCCCUAACGUUCCUGCGCAUUUUCGUCCUCGAAUCGCCCUAUCAAGCACCACAACAGAACCCAGAGAUCUACUCCGACUCUUCGCGCGUGAUAUACGUCGCCUUCCCGGAUAGCUGUCCAUACAUAUACACCUCCGUUUCCAGCUCGACGGGCACCUUAUCCGGGCCGCCGAAGAAUACGGUAGCCACGGAUCCGAAGAGUUUACAGCGGCUAGUGCGCGAUGCGGUUCCAAAGGCCCUUUCCCGCCCUCACGAGCGGUAUAUGCUGAAAGCGACGGGUCUGGCAGCGAAAAAUUUACCUACAUUACUUGCACUGCGUGGUCCCGGCAGGACGACGGCCGCGAAUGGUGCUUUCAGUAUCUUUGCUGAUGCAGCUGUGGAGGGGAGUCCGUUGGAUCCGCGUCCGUCGAAUACGGUCUCUGCGGAGGAGUAUAUGCGUGAGGAUGUCAAGAUGGUAUCGACGGAAGAUAAAGAGAAUGAACGUCCUGCUGAUGGCAUGGGCCCUGCAUCGAAACGACACACUGCUAGUGGUGACGGCACGGGUAUCGACCAUCUCUCUCCCACAUCCAAGAAACGACGACUCGCGACCCAUGCGCGGUUCGGCACGGCGGGGGGCUGGAUAGCCCCAGCACCCCUCGACCGUCUCGAUGUCCGGCUUUUGGAUGCACCAUCUACGAGCAAUGAAGAUGCUACGGCUAGUGCUACCGCUUCCGCCUCCGCUGCGCAACCUACAAUCUCAUUGUCAUUCUCGGGCUCUGAUGUGAUCGGGGGAAUUCGUAGACUUGCUGAUCUGGGAUUGAUCGAUCCCGAGAGAAUGCCAUCCUGGAUGACCGGCGAAGAAGCCGUGAGUGUAGCCGUUGUACGUGGCGGGAAGCGACUGAAGAGUUCUACUUAA